AUGGGUGCUUAUGGAGGAGCGGGAAGGCAAGUUGCAGGAGCGGUGGAGAUGUAUCAGAGCGAGGUCAACAACACCAUGUUCGUGCAUUAUGUUCGCACCAUCGUGCAGCCUAUGAUGCUCUCUCUGAAGAAACUCGUCGAUCCCAAGAUCAAGUUAGAGCUGAAGGUCGGCCGAAACAACUCGAGAGAGAAGGGCAUCGUGGAAGAGUCGAGCAAGCUGAAAGCGACGACGCUGGUUCUAGGAACCAAUGCUCGAGGAAUGUUCAGCAUGCGGGGCAAGUCAUCGAGUACCGGAGCGUACUGCGUUCGUUAUAAGCCUCACGGGCUCUCCGUUUUUGUGAUUCAAAAGUAUAAGGUCGUGCUGUAUAAGGAAUCGGAGGGCUCGCCCUUGUCAUCCGCUUCGGGGAGUCCUGCUGGCUCGGGUCGUCUGAUGCCAGGCUCGGGAGGGUCUGGCCAAGGCUCGGGUUCCCUCGAACCGACCUACAGCGGCGGGUUCAACGAAUCAGGAGGAAGAAGCGGCGAGUAUGACGAAUCUGGCGGAGGGGGAUACGGAGCCCCCAUUGGCGCAUCCUACGGCCAGUACCAGCAGUACCCUGCACGCGGGGGAGCUCCGCAAGGGGGGGGCUGGGGCGGCGGCGGCGGUGGAGGAAUGAACGCGCCAUACGGGGAAAUGAUGGGGGGGGGAAUGCGCGGAGUAGCGCAGAGAAGCCAGUACGACAGCAACGACUCCAGCCCACAAGGCUCGGGACCCAUGCAGCCGUCCUACAUGCCCGCGUCCGGCGGCGGCGGAUCCGGCAGCCUGCAAUCGCGAUUCUCCAUGGACGGGGGGAGCAUGGACAGCUCCCCCGGCGGCGGCGGCGGAGGUCCCAAGGGCGGGAGCGAUAUCCAACAGGCCGCGGCGCUGUCGGCGCUGGCGUGGUCGAAGCAGGCGGCGAACACGGCCGAGGGACAGAAGCUCCAAUCCGAUUACCUGGCGGAGUUCGACGCGUGGAAGCGGGCCAAUCAGGCGGCGACGUUUCAGCAGCAGCAGGACUUCAUGUCGGAUCUCCAGUCGCGCAUGACCAAGGCGCGCGCGGCGCUCGCGGGGCUGCAGCUGGGGGAAGGGGGAGGGGGAGGGUCGCCUGCGGGCGGUGGUGGGGGGGAGAUGAGGGGUGAUGGUGGCGGUGGUGGGGGUGGGAUGCAGCAUUCGUAUCCCGCGGCCAUUCCUGCUCCUGUUCCAGCUGCUUCGGACGUUUCCGCUGUUGGCGGUGGUGGUGGCGUUGAGGUGAGGAGCUUGAAAUAUGAGUCUAAGAAGCUGCCUCUUCUCCUUCUCCUUUCUCCCUCCCUCCCCUUCCCCCCCCUCCCUCCCUCCCCUUCCCCCCCUCCCUCCCUCCCCUUCGCCCCCUCCUUCCCCCCUUUCCCCCCGCUUUCCUACGCCCUCUUGAAUGACCUACGGCGCGAGCUGGAGCUGAUGCGGCAGCGCGCGGCGGAGGCGGAGAAGGCGCGCCUGGAGGCGGAGCAGCGCGCGCAGCGCGCGCUCUCCGAAGCGGACCGCUCUCUCCGCGAGGUGGAGGCGCAGAACAAGCGGCGGGAGCUGGAGACGGCGGUGCGCAUCGAGAUGGCGUCGCAGGAGGCGGCGCGCGCCAUGGCGGCGGCGGAGGAGGCGCGGAAGCAGGCGGAGCUGGAGGCGCAGAAGACGGAGGUGGCGAUGAAGCAGGCGGCCAUGACGCGCGCGGCGCUGGAGCUGGAGGAGAAGCGGCGGCAGGAGGCGGAGAAGAAGGCGAAAUCGGAAAAGGGCAGCAUGCGCAUGAUGGCGAACUAUCGGGAAUACUCGUAUGACGACAUUGUGUUUGCGACAGAGAACUUCAAGCCGGAUCGCAAGCUGGGCGAGGGCGGGUUUGGGACGGUGUUCUCCGGCACGCUGCACCACACGCCGGUGGCAGUGAAGGUGCUCAAGAACACGGACGCCAUGCAGGCCGCGCACGAGUUCCAACAAGAGGUGGAGGUGCUGAGUCAGAUUCAGCACCCGCACGUGGUGAUGCUCCUUGGCUGCUGUCCCGACAGGUACUGCCUCGUCUACGAGUUCAUGGCCAACGGCUCUCUAGAGGACCGCCUGCUCUGCGCCAACAACUCCCCCCCUCUCCCCUGGUACAUCCGCAUGCGCGUCGCCGCCGAAAUCGCCUCCGCGCUCCUCAUCCUGCACACGCGCCCCGUGCCCAUCGUGCACCGCGACUUAAAGCCCGGGAACAUCCUCCUGGAUAAGAAUUUCGUCGCGAAGCUCGGAGACGUCGGGCUCGCGAAGCUCAUGCCCGGGCUCUCCAUGGAUCAGACCUACAUGCGGGAAUCGGUCCCGGUCGGCACCUUCGCGUAUGUCGACCCGGAGUUCCAACGCACGGGGGAAUUCGGCCCGAAAUCCGACGUGUACGCGCUCGGAAUCGUGCUCCUCGAUCUCCUCACCGGGCGCAAACCCAACGUAUACGAAGGGCUAGAAGAAGCCGUGGACGACGGGGACGAGGAGGCGAUGAGAGAGUUUCUAGAUGAGCGCGCAGGGAAGUGGCCGCUGGAUAUAGUCAUGGAGGUUGCGAAAAUCGCGGUGAAGUGUUCGGAGAUGAGGCGGAAGAAGCGGCCAGAUCUGGAGACGCAUGUGAUGCCCGUGCUGGAUAAGGCGCGGGCGAGAGCGGUUCAGGCGGAGGAGGAGGCGAGGAGAACGCCGGCGAAGCGAUCGAUUGGUGAUGCGCCCAGCAGCCUCUUCUGCCCCAUCACUCAGGAGAUGAUGGUGACCCCAGUGCUGGCAGCGGACGGGCACACGUACGAGAAGGAGGCGAUAGAGUCGUGGCUGGAGAGCAGCGACCGCUCGCCCAUGACCAACGAGCAGCUGCCCUCCAAGGACCUCGUGCCCAACCAUGCCGCCCCUCCCCACCCUCUCACCUUCUUCCCCACCCUCUCACCUUCUUCCCCACCCUCUCACCUUCUUCCCCACCUUUUCGCCCUCUUCCACCCCCUCUCACCCCUCUCAACCGCACAGGAGAUGAUGGUGACCCCAGUGCUGGCAGCGGACGGGCACACGUACGAGAAGGAGGCGAUAGAGUCGUGGCUGGAGAGCAGCGACCGCUCGCCCAUGACCAACGAGCAGCUGCCCUCCAAGGACCUCGUGCCCAACCAUGCCAGAACCCCAUUCCCGUCGCCAUUCCUCUCACCCCUCUCAUCGCCCACCACGCUGUCCUCGAGUUCGCCAAAUCGCCCUCCCGUCUCCCAUUCCGUCGCGCGUCACGUCGCCAUCUCGUCGCCCGUCCCGUCGCGCGUAACGUCGCCCUCUCUCCCCUCCUCUCCUCCCGUCGGCCUCUCUCACGCCCCUCCCUACCCAUCGCGCUCUCUCUCUCCGCUCCCUUCCCGUCGCCCUCUCUCGCGCCCCUCCCUUCCCGUCGCCCUCUCUCUCUCCGCGCCCUUCCCGUCGCCCUCUCGCUCGCCCCUCCCUUCCCGUCGCCUUCUCUCUCUCCGCGUCGCCCUCUCUCUCGCCCCUCCCUUCCCAUUGCGCUCUCCCUCCGCUCCCUUCCCGUCGCCCUCUCUCUCGCCCCUCCCUUCCCGUCGCCCUCUCUCUCUCCGCGCCCUUUUCGUCGCCCUCUCUCUCGCCUCUCCCUUCCCGUCGCCCUCUCUCUCUCCGCGCCCUUCCCGUCGCCCUCCCGCUCGCCCCUCCCUUCCCGUCGCCUUCUCUCUCUCCGCGUCGCCCUCUCUCUCGCCCCUCCCUUCCCGUCGCCCUCUCUCACGCCCCUCCCUUCCCGUCGCCCUCUCUCUCUCCGCGCCCUUUUCGUCGCCCUCUCUCUCGCCUCUCCCUUCCCGUCGCCCUCUCUCUCUCCGCGCCCUUCCCGUCGCCCUCUCGCUCGCCCCUCCCUUCCCGUCGCCUUCUCUCUCUCCGCGUCGCCCUCUCUCUCGCCCCACCCUUCCCAUUGCGCUCUCCCUCCGCUCCCUUCCCGUCGCCCUCUCUCUCGCCCCUCCCUUCCCGUCGCCCUCUCUCUCUCCGCGCCCUUUUCGUCGCCCUCUCUCUCGCCUCUCCCUUCCCGUCGCCCUCUCUCUCCGCGCCCUUCCCGUCGCCCUCUCUCUCGCCCCUCCCUUCCCGUCGCCCUCUCUCUCUCCGCGACCUUUUCGUCGCCCUCUCUCUCUCUCCGCGCCCUUUUCGUCAUCGUGA